AUGUUCCAUACAUUCGAGGGAUUCGAGAACCCCACGGGUAUGAUUCAAACCCGGGGGCGUAACGAACGUCAGCCUUCGGUCGGUCGGCGGGUUACGACGCUUCGCGCCUGCACAUCUUGCAGACAUCGGAAGAUCAAGUGUGACGGGGAAAAGCCCUGUGAAGCAUGCAGGUGGUAUAAAAAGGCAGAUCAAUGUCAUUAUUCCGAUCCUCGACCGUCUCGGAGACAUGUGGAGAAGCUCUCUACCACACUCGAUGAGUAUCGAGGGGUUCUCGAGAAGCUCUUCCCCACGGUGGCACCGGAGACCCUGGUCAAUUUGCCACGCGAGAAGCUCGUGGAGCUAAUGGCCAAGGGUGCUUCACCGGGGCAUGCUCAGGUGCCACAGCCCCAUCAUCCAGCGUCGCCGGCUACCUCUGCCUCGGUUGACGCGCAUGUGUCGCCCAUGUCCCAUGAAGAUGGCAACCUCGAGUCGCUACAGACGAUGCCUGAAGAUUCCGACGUUCGAAAUCUGGGCGGUGCGGAGAUGACCAACGGCAUUUCUGACGAUGUAAACGCCCUUUCCCUCUCCGCUCGACAGGCCUCCUCAUAUCUGGGGGUCUCUUCCAUAAACGCAGUGCUCAAGGUGAUUGUCUGGCUCGACCCUGGCUGCUUGGGCUACUUUUCUCGCACUCCGGCUGUCAACCGCCAGGACACGGCCAUGGACUACCCUCCCCCUCCUCCUCUUUCAGACACCCAAACUUGGGGGUCCUCUCAAGCUCAGCCCGACACACCCCCGCAGCCCCAGUUGCAAGUCACCGAUCAACAGCUCCUCGACGCCUACUUCACAUAUUUCCACCCCUUCGUUCCCAUGCUAGAUGAGCAGUGCUUCCGCGAGACCUAUAUCUCCGGUCGGCGGAAAGACGAUCGCUGGCUGGGGCUACUCAACAUUGUCUUUGCGCUCGGCAGCAUUGCCGCGGGCACAGCGGACGAGGUGUCUCAUAAAACAUAUUAUGCACGCUGCAAGAGAUACGUGAGCCUGGAGUCCCUAGGCUCCUCGCACAUGGAAACCAUCCAGACACUCGGUCUUCUGGGUGGCUUUUAUCUCCACUACAUCAGCCAGCCAAACCUGGCGUACUCGCUGAUGGGAGCGGCACUGCGCAUGGCUGCCGCCUUGGGAUUUCACAAAGAAUUUUCGGACAGCCCAGACGGGCCUAAGAAGCAGAUGAUCUCGUCGUCCGAUCUUAAACGGCGAGUAUGGUGGUCUCUGUUCUGCAUGGACACUUGGGGUGGGAUGACUCUCGGUCGUCCAAGCAUGGGCCGGUUUGGCCCGACCAUCACGGUCAAGUUGCCCCAUUGUCGAGAAUCUGAAAACGUGCUCGAUAUACUCCCACUACUUGAGAACGUCCGGUUUUGCAAGAUCGCUACUCAGAUACAAGAAGUCCUGGCUGUGUCGCCGUUGACGAGACAUCAUGAGAUGUUCCAUUUCGAUAACCAACUCCUCGAAUGGUAUGAGAAUCUUCCGUACAUUCUGAAGGAUCACGAGCCAUGCUCCGAGUCCAUUGCGAUCGCAAGGACGGUGAUGAAAUGGCGCUACUACAACCAACGCAUGCUGUUGUAUCGGCCAACGCUGCUGAGCUAUGCCAUGCGUCGGGUUCCCUACAUCGCGCUGCGAUCUGAAGAGCGUACCUCAAUCGAACGGUGUCGCGAGAUCGCAGAGGCCACCAUCCAAAAUAUCGCAUCCACAGCGCAGUCGCAUGGGAUGUCGGGGUGGAAUGCCGUCUGGCUUCUGUUCCAGGCCACGAUGGUUCCGCUCCUGGGGCUGUUCCUCAACGAUAGCACCACCAACGACCCUAGAGCAAGCAUCGAAUCAUGCCAAGGACAGGUAGAGAUGGCAAUGCUUAGUCUCGCACAGUUGCAGCCAUGGAGCCCGACCGCCAAGCGAACGCUUGAUGCCGUCGCCCGCAUUUUCGAGGCCAGUAAACGAGGACCUGACAUGGGCGGCGACAUCAGCGGUCACUACGCGACUCCGCGGGACAGCAUUAUCUCCGGCGUCGUUCCUCCUGCUAUUCUGCCCUCGCAGAAUGAAUUCGGCCGGGGAGUCAUGGUGGCCAACGAGGUCAGUUUUACGGAUCCGUUUGCGCCGUCGUUCAUGGACGACUCGGCUGGACAGCAGCUGUGGGACUUUCUCAGCUGGAGCGACAGCAAUCUGUGGCCUGGCAUUGCUGAUCUGGACUGUUCUCCGGAGACCAACCUGUUUGGGUCGGAUGAAAAGAGCCUGAAGUACAGCAACAAUGCCUCGGCUUUUUUCGGCGUGAACGAUUCUGCCUAUUAUCCGAAUCCCCCGCUAGCUUUUUACUAG